CGUACUCGUAGUCCUUACGUAGGUACCUACCUAGGUAAGGCGGAUAGGCGAGAUAUAGGAUCUAUCUUCGCUAAUGUAAGUCAGGGGUUAAGAAACCUGUUCCAUACAUAUAUGUAGAUCUACAGUAAAAGGGGAGCGACCGCGGAGACGAGUAGUUCUUAAGAUCUAUAGAAGACUUGAGGCUUUGCACUGAAGCAUCCCAUGCAACAUAGAUUAUUUACUCUCGACACUUCAGACCGCCUUAUUCCUGUACACUACCUCUCCUAUUACCGGAAGUGCUAGAUAUUUUCCUUCAAGAUACCCCAUAGUAUAAUUUCUGUCUUUGAACUUUCAUAGCCCAUAUACCCUUUUGAGAUCAUUCGAACUUUCGUACCAGUAUCAAAAUAGAGAACAAAAACCUCGACAAAAUGGCCUACGCCUCGAAAUACAAGUCAAAGCCCAUAACGGACAUCUUCACCGCCGACACAGACAUUGACAGGCGGCAAUGUACCCGAACAGUUCCCAUGAAGGUCCUCCUACUCGGCUGCGGACGAACAGGAACAACAUCCAUGAGAGCAGCAAUGAAGCAGCUCGGCUACGUCGACACAUACCACAUGAUGAGCUGCUCGAUCGAGAACCCGCCGGACGCGCUGCUCUGGAUGGACGCGCUGCGCGCCAAGUACGACGGCGUGGGCGAGCCCUUCACGCGGAAGGACUGGGACAAGCUGCUCGGCAACUCGCAGGCGGUGUGCGACUGGCCGGCGUGCGCGUUCGCCAAGGAGCUGAUCGAGGCGUACCCGGAGGCCAAGGUGGUGCUGACGGGGCGGGACGUCGACUCGUGGCACGCGAGCACGAUGCGCACCGUCUACUGGCGCGCGACCGACCCGGAGCUGCGGCUCCUGUCGCACUUCAGCUGGGCCGCGGGAAUGUACUACCCCAUGCUGAAGAAGUUCUUCGACACCUUCUUCGAGGGCGACUUCCCCAACCGCGGCAAGCACAUCUUCACCCGCCACUACGAGGACGUCAAGAAGAUGGUGCCCGCCGACCGCCUGCUGGAAUACAGAGUUACUGAUGGUUGGGAGCCGCUGUGCCGGUUCCUCGGCGAGCCCGUGCCCAAGGAUGUGCCGUUCCCGAACGUCAAUGACAACAGGGACUUCAUCACGCGCUCGCGGAGGCGGAAUAGGCGCCAGAUGAUGAAUGUUGGCGCGCAGAUCCUCGAGAUUAUACUACUCGCUGGCAUAGUGCUGUACUUGAUAUUCUACGUCCAGUGGCGACUGUUUUAGCUUUCGCUUCGGCGUGCACACCAAAAUUUACUUAGGGGGUUUUCAGGACGGGGCGCUGGGGCAUUGGGUCUUUUUUCUUUUCUUCGAAUAGGUAUUCAGCUCUGGCAGUUUUGUCAUCGAGGCAUUGAACUGGUUAUAGCAUAGGUGUAAACAUAUACAUGCAUGGAGGGUUUCAAGCAAAAAUGGGAACCAAGCCCAUGGGUUCAAUUCGAUUAGGUACAUAGAAAAUUCAGAGAAUAUUCUCUGUUUACCAA